AUGACGACAGCGAGGCAAGAUGAAGCGGACGACCACGAUUCCCUGGAGUCCGAUAUAGAAUUUGUCGAAUGGCGCAGCUUAAACAAAAGAAUGCCGAAAUCUGCUGUAAAUGCAGCUGUAAAAGUCUCACAAACCGAGGCGUUAGAUGGAGAACGAGAUCAACGCUUGCACGGCGGUGCCGCCUCCGCUUACGACGACCUGAGCGUAACUUCGUUUUCUUCAGCGGCUGAGGAGGAUGAGACCGAUGCUGAUGUGCAAGUAGCCAAGCAAAGAAAGAAGAGUAAAUAUAUGCGCAUAGUAAAAAUCGCUGUGCUCUUUGUGUUUUGGAUUAUCUUUACUAGUCUACUGUUGAUCAAAGGCGAACACGAACAUACCGUUGAGAAUUUUAUUUGUGUGCCAAAUGGCACGACGAAGAUAUUUCAUGUGCCGGAGGAGUCCACAGCGACAGGAUUCUUCAUCAAGUUAACGGGUCCAUUUGUAAUGAUUUCUAAAGCUGAGCUAAUUGAAAUGGGCGAGCAUAAAAGCACUUUGACCAUUAAGCUGGUGCAAGCGGGGCAUAAUGGAAUGGCGCCGCAUGAUGUCAGCAAAAUGUGGGUCUUGAAUUUAGUUAAUUCGACGGAUUUGCAGCAAAUACAUCUCAUAGAGCGAACAAAACUCUUCACUUUGCAGAAUCUAUCAGCAAAUGGCAGCAAAAAGCUACUAAUUAGCUUACAAACAAAUAUAGUAGAACCACUCUCACUGGGAUUCUAUUACGAGCCGACGCCUAUCAAUUUGGAAAUUGGCAUUGCUAUUGCCUUAAUACUGGUCAUGGGCUUCUAUAUAGUGCUCAUGCUGGAUAUUGUGCAUCGAGCGCUGGCCGUCAUCAUCUUUUGUACGCUCUCGAUAAGCAUGCUCGCGGUGCUCAAUCUACGUCCUUCGUUGCGCACCAUCAUCAGCUGGAUCAACUUUGAGGUGCUGUUGCUACUCUUUGGCUUUACGCUCAUCAUUGCCAUUUUGGCAGAGACCGGCAUCAUCGACUAUCUCACCGUACGCAUAUACGAGAUUUCGAAUGGCCAUAUUUGGCCAAUACUAAAUUGCCUUUGUCUCAUCACAUUUGUUGGCUCUUCGCUGUUUGACAGCAUACUCAUGACGCUGCUCAUUGCGCCGAUUACGAUGCGCAUUUGCGAAUUGAUGGAACUAAAUCCGUUGCCAUUGCUCACCUGCCUGAUCAUCUCGUCGAAUGUCGGUGCUACGCUGACGCCAAAUGGUGAGACACCGAGCGACUAUGUUACACAAUAUGAGGUACUACGCCGCGAGGGCAUUGACUGGCUCGUCUUCAUCGAGCACAUCUUACCAGGUACGCUGAUUGCGGGCGCCAGCGCCUACGUCUAUAUGCGUAUCAUCUAUAACGAUUCGAACAGUAUGCGCUUUAGGGACGGCACCGAAGUAGAGCGUUUACGUCGCGUCAUUAAAGUUUGGUCGCGUACGGCCAAGAGUAUAAGCCCCUAUUCGCAGGACGAGAAAGCCAUGCGUGCAACGGUGUUGUCGAAAGUGCGCCGACUGCGCAGACGCUUGAAGCGAAUUGGCAAAAUGCCAGCACCCUCGUCGGACUACAAGGAGACGGUGAGCGCACUCAAGGCAAAAUUUAAGAUAACCAACUCAGUACUGCUCAUCAAAUGCUGCUUUGUAUUCUUCUUCGUGUUUGUGCUCAUCUCGCUGCAUCUCUUUCCCAAUGUGCACUAUCUUUCCACAGCAUGGACCGCACUGCUCGCCUGCAUAUUGCUGCUCAUACUGGCAGACACCGAGGACUUUGAUGGUAUACUCGGUCGCAUUGAGUGGUCGACGAUGCUUUUUCUCGCCUGCGUGUUCGUCUUCUCUGAGGCUACCUCGCAAUUGGGGCUCUUCAAUGUGAUUGGCAAUGUGAUGGGCAAUCUUAUUAGGCAUAGCAGCUCUAGCGCACGCCUAAGUGUUGCCAUUUUAAUCGUCUUGUGGUUUUCGGCAUUUUGUGCUGCCUUUCUCACCAACUCCUCGGUUAGCCCCAUGAUGUUGCAUGCUGUAAUACUUGCCACUGAGGAUAUAGAACAGGAGCAUUUGCCGGUGCAGCCACUUAUUUGGGCAGUCAUAUUUGGCACUGGUCUGGGCGGCAUUAGCACAAUUAGUGGCACCUAUGCAAAUGUCAUCUGUGCGGGUUUGGCGGAGAAGCAUGGCUACAACUUUCCCUUCUUGUAUUACUGCAAAGUGGGGUUUCCCAUUAUGUUGGUGUGUGUGUUGAGCAUCACCGUCUAUCUGAUGAUUGCUCAUGUCUUGUGCCAUUGGCAUUGA